UAUGAUUUUCGUGGUAAUCAAGGAAAAAUCUAUGUUACCCGUUCAAAGGUAUUCACCGUGUAGAAUAUUGGCAACGAAUUCAAACGCAUAGUUCAAUUGUUUAAUAACAAAUGUUGCUGUAGUUUCGAUCUGCAGCCGUCACUCGCUUGAUGACCUUCAGUUACAAAAUUAUGACAUAUUUUGAAAAAAUGACAUAGUCAUUAAUGUUAAAAGUACUCCUUGUUUUCUACGUACUCGUGUUAUCUCUUUAAAAAUUAACCUUACAAAUGAAUUUAAAGUGUAAAUUAAACUCAAUGCGUGCUACACCAGCGCGUUUUCAACAACCUCAAGGAUUACUAAAUACUUCUGAAAAUGCUGCCGCAGGUGAUGCACCGCACGGCCAAAUAUCAUCUGAUCUACAAUUUGAUUCGUCGAGAGAAAUACUUUCUAUGGAUACUUCGUUGAUGCAAAUAGUAUCUAAAGACGACACAGAAGCAAAGAGCAGGUCUGGUGAUCCUUCUACUUGUCCAAUUAACAAUCAGUCUUGGAGUGAUGCAGUGGAAGCAGUUCAUUCUGCCAGUGAAAAAGACUCCCCUUCUAUCAAAACGAUACUACCCGAAGUGUUUGAGAGCAUUCUUGCCAAAGAAGCAAGGUCUGUCUCAGUUGAUUACGUAGCAGAUAAUCAGAAGUAUUAUAAAAGUCUCCUCAGCAACGAGCGAUGUGGCUUAGAUGAUUCUAAAUCAAUGAACAUGAUGAUGCUGGAUGAAAAGGGCAACGAACAUUCUGGAAUUCCUGGAAGAAAUAGUAACGGAUAUACCAAUGUGGAAAAAAUUCUAUCUCCAAAUCAUAAGAUUUCAAUGUUCUCUGCUGAGAUUUGGACAGAAAAAGAACUUCCAAUUGAGGCCUGUAUUUACCCUGAACCAAAAAUGAUCGACAAGACGUACCUUGACAACAACAGAACAACGAAUGAGUUUAAUGGCUUUAUAGGGUGCAACACUGAGUCCAGUGACGUACCACUGAUACAGAUGGAUUUCGACCAAGAAGUAUUCGGGCGAAGUACCAUGAUCAGUCCACCUUUGUCUGCUAGAAAGAGCAGAACGUCAUCACCGGGUCGAAGAACCAUUAAUUUUGAUGGCGAAAUAUGGCCUGUAUGCUCAAACUUGAUACCCAGUGGAAAAGAGUUGUCGUUUUUUACAUUAGGAGAUAAAUCUGUGUCAUCAACAAUUUUAAACGAAAACAAUGAACGAGCAGACACUUCUCUCGUUUUUAGUGGAUGUACAGGUAGACAAGAAGCAUCGUCGAGAUCCAGGACAGAUCAGUUAGUCCUGGAAGAUAGUUCAAAGAAUGAGAAGCUAAUGGAACCAACCCAUGAAAUCGAGUAUCAGAACUUCAGCGUGAAUUCAGCUGAAACCCCACAGAGACAUCAUCAUGAUAAGCGCAAUUGUUGCAACAUCAACUCAGGCAUAAGUAGACCAGACCAAACAGUGAAUAAGAAUUCCACGGACGUGACUCUAAAUUUACAGCCACCCGUCGAAGAGUGGGGUAAACAAAGAUCAGAAUUAGUUGAGCAGAGGAAGCAGAAGAUGAGAAAAUGUGUAUUAAAUAAUUCAGAGGCAUGUGGAAUAAGAAAUUCGCAGAAGAAUGCGUUAACUGAGAGUAAGAAUGAACCAGAGAAUAUCGAUCUGGAACAUGUUUCGAAAGAAGAAAGAAUCGAUUCUUUAUUUUGUGAAAAAAUAUCGCCUGCUGUAAAAUGCAGAGUAAAAACAUCCUCGCAUAAAAAUAAGAGUGAGAAUUUAGGACUUACAACGAGCUACAGCAUUUGUACAAGUGCCGACCAGACCACCUUUGGUCGGACCAAUACUUAUAAACUUUUUGAGCAACCGGAAAAUUAUAAAAGGCCGAUAAUUUCGUUACCAGUUUCCAAAUUACCAGCUACAGAACUGAGAAAUGUCAGCGGGAGCGUUAAGACACAAGGCUUUGUAGAGGACCGGGAAAACGUGAAGAUAUCUCAUCUCAGAAAGUGUGGUAAACGAAACGAUUCUCCAAAGAACAUACUAGUAACACAGCAGGCCAAAAGUCUCACAGAUGCAGUCAACGAUGAAAGCCAAGACAAAGUCGAAUUAGUUUUUCGCAAUACCAGUUUAGUACCAGAUUCUUUGAGCAUCGGAAGCUUCGAUCAGGAAAUUGAUCGGUUAGCUGAUCAAAUUUCUCAACAAGUCAAGAUGGACCCAGCAUUGAGUGAUGUGGUUGAUACUUUGGCAAAAAUAAAAAUGAUCGUAGAGGCUAACCAUCACACGAUAGAAAGACUGCAGUACCGACAUCAAAAUGUUCUGAUUCCGUGUUUGACGCCUUUGGAUACUGGAAAAUCAUUAGCCAAGGCACUGACCAGAUGCAGAAAUUAUAUUCGGAAGAAUGGUGAGAGCUGUGAAGCUAUUAACACCGUUAACAAAUUAUUGAAAAGUCCAGUACAGCACUUAAAGCAUUCGGUGGAACGGCAGAAACUGGCACUGGCAAAUUUAGGCGAGAAAAUUUUUUAG